UAACCCUGCCCAGAGCCAUUGCAUUCAGGACAAGUGGCUCUGGGCCUUCCCCUGGAGGGAAAGCGGUUUCAGUCCUUCCUCUCCUGGCCUGCGCCAGCUUCCACUGACCAGACGUAUUCCUGCUCCUGAAUGGGGGGUGUUUGAGAUCCAGUGGAGCAGUACCCACCAUCCCAGGGCCAGGAACUGCCUGACUGUGGACAGAGCUAGAGGGCAAGCCAAGAUUGAGUGUCAGUGGAAUCCCAGAGUCUUCAGUGCAAUCGGGGCCUUCCUCAGCGUGGUACCUGCAGCACACGCAGCAGAGUCCUCAGAUUUUGAGGAGGAACCCACGGCAGGAGGAGCCUGUGGAAACCUGGAACACGUCUGCCUUCGUACUUGGCACCGGCUCGGAAUUCUUUGAGUCCUGGUCAAACUGCGAGCUGAUUACUGCCCCUAGUAUUAGAUCAGUCCAUAGAUAGUGGGAGCAAUGGCCGUGACACUGUUAGAAGAUUGGUGCAAGGGGAUGGACCUGGACCCCAGGAAGGCCCUGCUGAUCGUGGGGAUCCCCGUGGAGUGCAGUGAGGCUGAAAUUAAAGAGACCGUGAAGGCAGGCUUACAGCCCCUGUGCGCUUACAAGGUGCUGGGCAGAAUGUUCAGAAGAGAAGACAAUGCUAAGGCAGUCUUCAUCGAAUUGGCCGACACCGUCAAUUAUGCUAUGAUGCCCAGUGAGAUACCAGGAAAGGGAGGUGCUUGGCAAGUGGUGGUAAAACCCCGUAAUCCUGAUGAUGAAUUUAUCACUAGACUGAACUACUUCCUGAAAGAUGAGGGCCGGAGAAUGGUAGAUGUGGCCAAAAGCCUAGGGUAUAGCACUCUCACUGAGGGCAUGGAGCCAGAGGGCUUGGCCCAAGUCAAACUACCAGUUUUGCAACCUCUGAAAGAAAGCAUGUGGUACCGAAAACUGAAAGUGUUUUCGGGAAGUGUUUCCCCAGGCCCAGGCGAAGAGAACUUUGAAGGCUGGCUAGAGCAGGUCACUGAGAUGAUGCAGAUAUGGCAAGUGCCUGAGGUGGAGAAGAUGCGGCGUUUGCUGGAGAGCUUACGUGGCUCCGCCCUGUCAAUAAUGCGGGUGCUCCGGGCCAACAAUGACUCUAUGACUAUGGAGCAGUGCCUGGACGCCCUGAAGGAGAUCUUUGGGGAUAAAGAGGACUGGAGAACCUCACAGUUUAAGUUCCUCCAGACCUUUCAGAAGACUGGCGAGAAAAUCUCUGUGUUCUUGCUUCGGUUGGAGCCCCUGCUGCAGAGGGCCGUGCAGCAGAGCCCCUUUUCGAUGCACAGCACAGACAUGAUCCGCCUGAAACACAUCCUAGCUAGGGCCUCCAUGACCACCACCCUCCGGGGCAAGCUUGAGAUCCUGGAUCAGCGGGGACAUCCUCCCACUUUUCUGGAGUUAGUGAAACUCAUUCGAGAUGAAGAGGAGUGGGAGACUACCAUGGCAGUGACGAAGGAGAGGGAGAGGCAAGUAGGAAGGGGCCACAUGGCCUUUGGCAGGCAGGUAGUAGCAGAAGCCAGUGUCCCCAUGCCUCAGGUCAUUGUGCAGGCAGGGUUGUUUAGGGAGAGCAGCACCCAGACCCGCCUGGAAGGGGCAGUCCCAGCACUGAAGCGCGGGCGAACGCCAUGCCUCUAUGGUAGUGGAGAGGAAGGCCACAGCCAGGCAGCAUGUCCUAGGGCCAAGAGCCAACCUCUAGCAAAGCAGAGGCCUCAGUUUGCAGCAGAAGAGUCGGGAAACGAGACAGGGGCUGGGGCCAUGAGCCACCCCGAGCCCUAGGAAGCAUAGGCUCAAGAGAUGCAGGCAGCCCUUCCUCUGGCAAGCAGCAGAAAGAUUUUAAGAAGGGGAAGAGGCAGUCCACACAAACAGCAGGGGACUUGAGUGGGGCAGACGGGCAGGGCAGCCAGGCCCAGGCCGAGCUCCCUCAACCUUCACCAACUGGAAGGGUCUCCAUCCACCAAGCUGAACUCAGCUCAGGGAGGUGCUGGCAACAUAAGCAAAGAUCAACCGCCCCUAGCACAUGGCGUGGUCCAGCCACUGGCAGAGACCCCGAUGUGGCAGAGGCUGAAGAAGGUGCAUUUGGGGGUUCUGGCUGGCCAGCCCCAAAUACCCACCUUGUGGCCUCUGAGUUAAGAACGCCAACUGGCUCCCAAGCCACGUGGGGCCCAGAGGAGUCUUCCCCGGGGUCGCCCCUGACAGAAGGGGCCAGCACCAGUGAGGAAGAGCUGCGCAGAACAGAGGUAAAGCUCUUGAGGGGAGGCCGCAGGGUCCAGCCUGUGUUCAGGAUCAUGUACACUGCCCUAGGGAAGCCCCAGGAAGGCAGCACCCUUGAGCCCCUGUGCAAGUGAGGACAGGAGGGGGUGUUGGGUACCUGGGGCGCCUGUACCCACAGAUGGCUUUGAUGUGAGUGGGUGUGCAGAGAAACCUUUGGUACAAAGCAGGAGGAGGAGGAGUAAAAGGAGGAGGUAGAAGGGAAGGAGGAGGAAGAAGUAGAGAAGGAUGAUGAAGAGGAGGAGGAUGGAGGAUUUGUUGCAGGAGGGGUGUUGUUUUGUUCUGCUUGUGUUUGCCCAGGGCCGCUGGAGACCUAGAGAAAGCAGGCAAGGGGACUUGGGACUGGGCUGACAAACCACAACUCAGCAGCUGCCAUUGCCAAAGCCAGCCCCAAACCCUGCCAACUCAUGCAGCCAGCCUGGCAGCUCCCAUGAGUGGCAGCCCCAGGCUGGGUGAGGGGCUCCUGAAGACGUCUGCCACCUGCACAGGCCUGGGAGACGUUAGGGGGUCAUCUCAAGGGUGCCAGCUGCCUGGGCCUCCCGACAGGGGGACCCCUAUUCACUGUGCCUUGGGGCAGGCUUCUCCCUGUUCUGGGAAGCCCACUUGUAUCUCUGUGGACCCCGUAGUUACCCACGUGUCAACUAAUCCACACCCAAAACACACACACACAAACACACUAGCCAUGAUUUCUCUGCAGAGCCGUGGGGUGUACGUGAUCCCAGGGUGGGGGUCCUGGCCUAGCAGGCAGCACCCUCUCGGCCCUGGCACGUGCUGUGAGCUUCACUGCCAGCCCGGGCUCUGCUCACUCUCGUCCACUGCCGUGAGCUCAACUCUGCCUUCUUGGUGUGGAUUUAGGCCAACCGUUGCUUGUUCCUGUGAAGAUGUGUGUGUUCUUAUCUGAGCAGUGGCCCCCACCCCACCCCGGAGACCCCGAGCCCAGUCCCAGGAGAUGCCUGGAAGGAUGGACAGACGAGGGCAUGGCCAGCGCUCACCCCGGGACCUCGGGAAGGAAGAACUGGA